CCCGGCCCAUUAUGAGGACGGCGCUUCUGUGGACGUGGAUCGUGUCCCUGAGUUACUUCGCACCCACAGGGUUGGCGGCCUAUUUCUUCCAGCAGCCCAUGGAUCAAGUGAUCGUGUCUGGACAGUCGGUGACCCUGGCCUGUGUGGUGAUGGGCUACCGGGGCAUGGUUCAGUGGACCAAGGAUGGGCUGGCUUUGGGUGGAGAAAGAGACCUGCCAGGCUGGUCCCGGUACUCCAUUGUUGGAGAUGCUUCUGCCGGGCAGCAUAAUCUGCGCAUCGAUUACGCCGAGUUGGACGACGACGCGGUCUACGAAUGCCAGGCCACGCAAGCGGCGUUGAGGUCCCAGCGUGCAAAGCUCACCGUCCUGAUCCCUCCCAACGAUCCGGAGAUCCAAAACGGCCCCAUCGUGCACGUGAUCUCCAACGUCCCCUACAACCUGUCCUGCCGGGCGGCGGGGGCCAAGCCUGCAGCCGAGAUCAGCUGGUACCGCGACGGGCAGCGGCAGGAUUCUGCGGUUUAUUCCAAGGCGCUGAUGGAGGACGGCAAACGGGAGGUGGCAGUCAGCACCCUCCUCCUGACCCCCAGCAGCAGGGAUAAGGGGAGCGCCUUCACCUGCCGGGUCAGCAAUCCCGCAGCCCCCGCGGGCAAGCAGACGACGGUCACCCUCAACGUCCAGUACCCGCCUGUCGUCACGCUGUCGGUCCAGCCGCACACCGUCCCUGAAGGUGGCAAGGUCAGCUUCCUCUGCAUGGCCACCUCCAACCCCGAGGUGACAGGCUACAGGUGGGCGAAAGGUGGCGUGCCUGUUCCCGAAGCCAAUGGAGACAGCUACGAGGCGACGGUCGACCAGUCCUUCUUCACUGAACCCGUGUCAUGCGAGGUGUCAAAUGCUGUGGGAAGCACCAAUGUCAGCACACUGGUGGAUGUGCAUUUUGGACCCCGUCUUAUAUCUCAGCCCAAACCCUUGACUGUCGAUGUGGGCUCAGAUGCCUCAUUCACUUGCACGUGGUCCGGGAAUCCACCUCUCACCUUGGCCUGGACCAAGAAGGGAUCUAGCGUGGUGCUAAGCAACGGGAACACCCUACACCUGAAGGCGGUGACGCAAGAGGAUGCCGGCAUCUAUGUGUGCAAAGCUAUCGUGCCACGCAUCGGGGUUGCAGAGAAGGAAGUGACGCUUGCAGUGAACGGCCCGCCCGUCAUCAGCGCGGAACCAAGCCAGCAGACGGCGGUGGGCACCAAAGCUCGGCUGGAGUGCUUGGUGGGGAGCAUCCCGCCCCCCGACAGGAUUGCCUGGGCGUGGGGCGAACGGGUGCUGGAUUCCGGCUCGCUGGAUCGCUUCACGGUGGACACCGUCGUGACGGAACAAGGGGUGCUCUCAGCCCUGCUGAUUGACCCGACCCACGAUGCCGAUUUUGCCCUCCCCUACAAUUGCACGGCUUGGAACCGCUUCGGCAUACGAUCGGCCGCUGUCAGCCUGCGCCGCCAAGAAGUCCUGUCGGUUCUGAUCUUGGGGGUUUUGGCUUCCUCUGGCGUGGUUGGCCUUCUGCUUCUGGUGGUCACCGUCUCUCUCUGCUACCGGCGCAAACGCUGUGGGAAAGCCAAGCGGGGAACGCAGCUCUCCAAGGCCGACAUCCUGGUGCAGAUCACGACCAGCGAGAGCAGCCCCAGCCGGCCGAGCGAGGGGGAAGAUGAUAGCAAAGAGCCUAUGCAAUGGUACAGUCCUUUGGGAAAGCCCCCGUCGCCCGUGCUUACGACAAAGGGACCCAAAGAGCUGAAGCUGGAACCGGGGAAUCUCCUGUACCAGGCUCACCCUUCACCCUUCGUCUCUCUCCAGGCCACUAGCAGUGAAUCUCCAGCGACAUCCCAUACGGAGCACAGCGAAAUACUGGAAGAUGACGAAGGGAGCCAGGAGCUGAAGGACCCCACUAACGGCUACUACAAGGUCCGUGCCCACGAAGAGCCGUGUUUGGGGAGCGGCUUCUCAGAAUACACGCCAGGCCCCCGCCCUCUGUUUGGGGCCUCUUCUUUGUACCCUUCGGCCGGGCCGGUGCAACCAAAGCUGUACGAAUACGCUCACCGCUACACCCUGGGCACCCCCGGCUCCCGCUCGGCCUACGACCCCCACGAGCGGCUCUUCCCUCAGGAGAACAUGUACGGCGGAAGCACCUACCUCACCGCCCCCUACAGCCGGGCCUUCACCAGUUACGUCAAGCCCAGCAACUACGAGAAGGCAGAGAGCGGAUACGAGCCGUCGGACCAGGCCAGCAAGGCCUCGGGCUGUUCCCGCUUCUCGUACACUUCCUUGUGUCAGCAGUCUGACUACGGGCGCCCUUCCCACCAGCGCAUGCAGACCCAUGUAUGACUCCUGCCCGACCCUGCCG